ACAGUGCAAACUACCAUCCCCACAAUGCACUGCGGCGCGGAUCAUGUGAGUGCGGCGCUGACCAAUCAGCGAGUCAGCAGCGGAGGGGCGGGGCUGGGAGCCGGUUGCUGGGGCGCCGGGAGUGGCGGUUGUUUGAAGAUGGCGGAUGUUGCUGGGGAGAGAGCUGCAGCGUACUGGAGCCUGGACUCGUCUGACGUGGAGCAGCAAAUAGUCCAUAUCCCAGGUCUCAGCGAAGAAGGCAACUUCAGGUCGGCCCCUAAGCUAAAGAACCUGAAGGCUGCUGAUAGAAAACCCAGGAGCUCCCAUCCCGCUCCACCUGCUAAAAUGGAAUUAACAGACAAUGGACCGCAGGUGGCUCGGGAGGAAGAUGGGAUGAGAAGCGCCAGCUUGAAGGAUUUGUGCCCGGAGGACAAAAGACGAAUUGCAAAUCUAAUCAAAGAGCUUGCAAGGGUGAGCGAGGAGAAGGAGGUGACAGAGGAGCGCUUAAAGAUGGAGCAUGAAUCCUUUGCCAAGAAGAUUCGGCAUCUGGAGGAGCAAAACGACCUCAUUGCCACAGAGAGGGAAGCUCUGCAACAGCAGUACCGGGAGUGUCAGGAGCUGCUGGGUCUGUAUCAGAAGUAUCUGUCAGAGCAGCAGGAGAAGCUGAACCUGUCUCUUUCCGAGCUGAGCGCCAGGAGCAGCAAGCCGCAGCAGGUCCCUAAAACUCAGCGGCUACCUACAGCAAGCGAACUCAAUGGCUCCUACCUCAGCCAGCAGUGCCGUAAGCCCAGGAGCGAGUCUGAAAGCUCCUGUUCAGCCCGUGUAUGCAGAAAUAAUCCCAGCCCUAGAACCGGCUUCCAUUGCAGUCCGGACAACUGUGCGCAGCGGGAAAGCGUCAGCUCCGGCUUACCGAACACACACUUCCCAGACUUGGCUCGCAGCUGCGGCAGUGCCUUACACCAACCGGUGUCUCAUUGCUGUGUACACCGUACGGUUCAUAGCACCCCAGGAAGAUACCCACCCGAAUUCUCACUGGCAAGGCCUCCGGAAGGUUGCACAUUUAGCAGGUGCUGCGCUGUUUCCAGUCUGAGUAAUGGAGUAGCACCAGGAAAGGACGCAGAAUACGGGAAAGGAGUAGCCGAGCAGAGGAAACACGAGCUGUUACUGCAGAAGAUGGAACUGGAGAUAGAGAAGGAGCGGCUGCAGCAGCUGCUGGAGCAGCAGGAGGUGAAGCUGCUGGAGAUGCAUCAGCAGUUGCAGCAGACCCGGCCGGAGUGUCAGCGAAAUCUGGCAGCACCUAAAACACAGACCAAGGAAACCGCCGUCAACACUACACCCUCAUCCGGCACAGUCCAGCUAACCAAUGGCUUUAUAAACAGUCUGGCGAGGCCGAUCUCGAUAGGGCUCCCCACCCCUCCCUCCAGUAGGGGCAGUAAGAACAUGCCAAGUCCCGAUGGAAGCAGCUCAGGAAAGAAGACUGUUGGAUUCGGUGGCAAACGCCAGGGCGAGCGGUCACGGGGCAGUCUCUGUCCAGGAUCUCGGAAGGACGCAGCCACUUCUCCCAACAUCUCUGGUCCGAAGAUGGCGAUGGAAGCCAGAAGAACAACGCCGCAACAGCGAGACAUCUGCCGGUACGAGACGUCUCUCAUCGACAUGCUAGAUGCAAUAAGCCCCAACCCUUCACAGAGACGGCAGGCAAAGUACAGAGAGCCGUACGACUUCAGAAUUCUCAGCCCUUCGCCCCGUGGUUACUCUAAGCCUAGCCGCCAGCCUGUCCCCCCAGCCAGGCGUCCCCCGCCUGCCGCGGAUCCGGAGGAGAGUCGCAUUCUAGAAGACAUAUUCUUCAUCUGCUGAUAAGACGGUUUGCAGUGAAGGCUGCUGGGUAGACACUGGACUAGUCUUUACACCAAAACAGACGCACAUUGCUCUAGUGGGGGGCGAUUGUGUUUCGGACUGCUUUGGCGCCCAGUUGGCUAACAUGAAAUCGAAGUGUAUUUAAUGCCUUGAAGUGCGUUUGCGUCACCAGGUAAUUGGACAUAGGAGCAUAUAUCUGUGUUCCGCAGCCUGGCUGAGGGUCAGAAUCCCAAUGACUCCCAAAACGCAAAUAAUUAUGGACAUAUGGAGUGUUUUGGAUUUUCUUUUUAAAUCAUUUUUAGAACAGCUUUGUGUGAGCAAACAUAUGUGCUGGCUGUAAUUAACCGUAGUAAAUCUGACAUAAGCCGGACGUCAAUAUGAGCCACUGAAGAAUAUUAGAGACGGUAGAUCAUGUACAUUGACAGGAGAUCAAUAUCCACAGCUGAUCACACUGCAGAGGUGCUGCCUUCUGUCAGACAUGCUGUUUAUAGGAAUAGACCGCUGAGCCUGAAAUAUUACAUAUUAUAUUUACAUGGAGUAAUUGUGAAUAAUCUGCUGUCACAAAAUGGCCGCCUCGGUUUAGUCACUGGCUCUGAAUUGGCUUGUGGUUGCAAAUGUGGGGCCUCCUGUUCCCAAUGGAUGCAAUUGUCAGAUAUUUCAGGUUUAGCGGCACCUUACCACUAAAAUACCAGGUUCCUUUAUAAUAUAUCAGGUAUGAAUACUGCAGAUCUGUGUUGGGAUUUUCUGGCUGCUUUUUUUUUUAUUUUUUUUAAUAUUCCGCCUUCAUUUUAAAGCAGGCCUGUCACGUAGACACAUCCUCCAAAGCCAUCUUCUAUGCUAGCCCACAGGAGAUUGCAGCCAAACCAUUCACUAGGUACUCUGUGCCUCACGCCUCACUAGUUCCUAAUGAAAUGGCUGAUUACUGGUUUGGCCCACAAAAUGGCUGCCUCUAUUGUGUAUAGGUGACAGGUCCAUUUUAAUGUGCUUUUAAUAUUUCUAAAAUGCCUCUUUCCACAGAAUGCUGUUCCCCGGAAAGCUGUUAUUUCCACGAUAUUACUGUGCUUUUCUGUGUCUAAUUAUACAGCUGCUAGGUUUAUUUUCACGUUGUGCGGCUCCGUCCACUAAACAAUAAGCGCUCGGGAAAAUCUCUGCCCAAACUGUAAUUAAAUCUGGAGCGCACAGGGGGUUCAAUCACGUGGCACGCAAUUACAAUGCUUCCAUGCAAAUUACCAUCCAGCGGGUGAAAAUUUUCCUGCAGUAAAUGUGUACAAAGCCGACUUACACCCCCACCCAUGAUCAAUUCAGAUCGGGGACAAAACUGUAUAUUUAAUGUUAUUUUAUAUCCAAGUUAUCCAUAGUCAAGUAAACUAAAUGCAAGCUACUGUAUACCGGAAGCCAGCCCUGAUCGUCACAGAUAUAUACGCAAAUGAUUCGGGAAGCUACUGCAACCUGACAUAAAGAUUUCUGCAACCUGAAGGAUCCCACAGUCAUUGCUCAGAGUGUCCGUGGACUGUACGUGGUGCCCGGAACAUGGUGGUUGUAUGAUGGCGGUGACCGUGUCCUCCUCUAUGGACUAUUAGAACCGCUGGACUGGGAGCAGGCCAUAAUAGGGUCACAGACGCUCCUGUGUCUGCAUUAAGAGUGCAUGGAGGGUUAAUUGAAUAGAUGACCAAACACGCAUCAGCAUUUUUGGAUUCAAGGUUUUCACUACAUUGCUUAAUAUUCAGGGUUUUUUUGUUUUUUGCAUCCAGAUUUUGCUAAUUAUUUUAUAUUGCAUUUAUUCAUUUGCAGGAUUUGACCAUUUUAUUGAAUGGUCAGAAUAAUUUUGUAAAUCGCAAUUCUAAAACUUCUUAUAUUAUGUAUUGGAGAGUUCUCAUUCUGCGCCUGUGUCUGAUUCCGCGGAGCUGGUGAUCUCAUGAUCCAGUAUUUUCUGUGUUUGUUAGGUCUGAGACUCCUGUAUAGCGGUGUGGGAGACGCUUCAUCAUAUUGGUCGUACUGUGUUUAAAGUCCAAGUCCUGAGCAAGAGUCCGCUGCAGAGUUCUGUACUUACUAUUAAUGCAAUCUCUGUAUGGAGGAGGCUAAUUGUUAGGGCCCCCAUACAUCUGCGGUCCUAUUUCCAUGAUCCGGCAGCCAGCGAUGAUCUGCGAUCUGUCGGGGGAAAUUAAACGCGCUAAAAAUCCCUUAUUUGCUGAUCCUGACCGAAAAAUGUUUAAUAUUACAGAUUCCUUACCCGGCCAUUAGGGAAAUCUGUAUUUUUAAACAAGUUUAAUAUUCCCAAUGUCACCAACCCAGCUAUUGGGGGAUUGGGAAAUUGCCCCGAUAUAUCUGUGGUGUAUGGGGGACAUGCGUCCGCUCCUGAUUGGAUGGCAGCAGCACUCAUUCUGUCCCUGCAUCAAACCCCUCCCCGGUUCCAGCGGCGGAUCCCCAUCCCCCACCCAAAGGUGUCUGGCAGGUUCUCGGUGUCCUAUGUAUUAUAUUACGCUUUAUUAAAGUGCCACAUACAGCCUUUAUUACUUGAAUAUCCAUCUUCACUUAUGUUGCACUUUUUCUGUAGGGUUCACACGGUGCCAAAUUCAGCACCAGCCAUUUAAGUAUUGUUCUUUAUCUCUUCUGUAAAUCCUCAUGGACUAUCCAAGGUGGCUGUAAACCUCCAUGACUGUGCAGUGUGCUAGGAGUCCCAGCGGUGUCUUAGAGUGACCAUUGUUUUGAUGUGUAGGCGGCCAGUUUGUACGCUGCGCCUCUGUUUCGGUGAUUUCUGCCCCCCUACCUUCGUCAUGCCAUCAGCGGCCAGCGAGCUGCGUUCAUAGUCCGCUCUGAGUUCACAAAAUCAUGGCCCUUUCAAAUCGGUUACAAGUAAAGGGCCCUACACAUUGAGCGAUCCGCCGCCGAGCUGCCCGACGGCGGAUACGGUCGACUGGCAACCCGGUGGCGGGGGGGCAGUGACGGGGGGAGCGAAGUUUCUUCACUCCCCCCGUCACCCGGCUCCAUAGAAGUGCAGGCAAAUAUGAACGAGAUCGUCCAUAUUGGCCUGCAUGCACAGGCAACGGGGCACCAGCGAUGACCAAUGCACAGCCCCGCUCGUGAAUCGAUGGUAUCUCGUUCAUUAAUGAAUGGGAUCGUUAAUAUCUUUGAGUAUUAUCGCCCAGUGUGUAGGGCCUAUAAGUUACCCAUAAGCGCAUAAUGGGUUAGAUCAGGGAUGGGGAACCUUCCACCCUCCAGCUGCUGUGGAACUACACAUCCCAGCAUGCCCUGCAAAAGUUUUAGCAUGGCCAAAUAGCAAAACUGAUAUGUGUAGUUCAACAACAGCUGGAGGGGCCGAAUGUUCCCCAUCCCUGGGUUAGAUCAUAACGCUCCAAAGCCUGAACCAUAACCGGAUACUAGUGCCUAGCUGUGACGGACUCUUGCCCACAGUCCCCAGUCUUGCAGCUGUACAUUCCAACACCUUGUUCCUUAGACAGGCUCUGCGGCAGCAGGCGGCUCGGCGUGAUGUGUUGGCGCCAGGGUGCGAUAAUAGCAAUGGCUGCUGAUGUGCUCAGUGCCGCCGUCACAUAAACAGCCUGCUUUCUAUGCUUCUUUCUAAGGCAGUUUUAAUUCUUUCUUUUUACAGCUUAAUUACCUUUCACAGACAUUGGGUGUUUUAAGAAACAAGUCUUACAUUUGUGUUUAAUUAUACGUAUGCUGUGGAUGUGUUUAAUGAUCUUGCAUUGCUUUUAUGAACACUAAAAUCCUGAACUAGAGUGAACAAUACAAACCUGUGUGUUUAAGAGACAAUAAACCCUGGUAUCACAGA